GGAUUCUGCUAAACUGAGUGGGCUCAGUCUGUGAAUAUUUAUUAGCUGUUCAUUCAUCCUUUGGGUAUACGCUAUACCUCCAUAAAAAGGCUAAAAUAAAAUAAAUAUAAUAAUAGAAAUGAAAAGCACUCAAAUUUCCUUUUGCUAAUUCCCAUGGUAUAUUCUAAAAAGCUGGUGUUCGUCUCAGAUCACAGUACUUGUGUUUUCCCAAAUCCUAAGGCUAUGUACCAGCAGGACCAGAAUUUUGAAUCUUCUGUUUCUAUGUCUUGUGAUUAUUUUUUUUAUUUUUUUUUUGCCAAUCACAAGCUGGGCUAACCUGUAAGGCCCAUGACACAGCCCGCUGGCUGGAAGCCUGUCACCCUUCCUGUAUGAACUGACACUCUUUGCCAUGUUAACAGGUGAGCUGUGUGAGGAGAAGCUGAACUUCUGUGCCCAGGACCUGAACCCCUGCCAGCACGACUCCAAGUGCAUCCUGACGCCAAAGGGAGUCAAGUGCGACUGCACGCCAGGAUACAUAGGCGAGCACUGCGACGUGGACUUCGACGACUGCCAAGAUCACAAGUGCAAGAACGGAGCCCGCUGCACGGACGCGGUCAACGGCUACACGUGCACCUGCCCCGACGGCUACAGUGGCUUGUUCUGCGAGUUUUCUCCGCCCAUGGUCCUGCCUCGCACCAGCCCCUGUGAUAAUUUUGACUGUCAGAACGGAGCUCAGUGCAUCAUCAGGAUACAUGAGCCGAUAUGCCAGUGUCUGCCUGGCUUCCAGGGCGAGAAGUGUGAGAAGUUGGUUAGUGUGAAUUUUGUAAACAAGGAGUCCUAUCUUCAAAUCCCUUCGGCCAAGGUUCGGCCGCAGACGAACAUCUCACUACAGAUUGCCACAGACGAAGACAGCGGGAUCCUCCUGUACAAGGGGGACAAGGACCACAUCGCCGUGGAGCUCUACCGGGGGCGCGUCCGUGCCAGCUACGACACCGGCUCUCACCCGGCCUCUGCCAUUUACAGCGUGGAGACGAUCAAUGAUGGAAACUUUCACAUUGUGGAGCUACUCGCCCUGGACCAGAGUCUCUCCCUCUCUGUGGAUGGAGGGAGCCCCAAAAUCAUCACCAACUUGUCAAAGCAGUCCACUCUGAAUUUCGACUCCCCGCUCUACGUGGGAGGCAUGCCCGGGAAAAACAACGUGGCCGCGGCCCUGCGCCAGGCCCCGGGGCACAAUGGCACCAGCUUCCACGGCUGCAUCCGCAACCUGUACAUCAACAGCGAGCUGCAGGACUUCCGCAAGGUGCCCAUGCAGACGGGCAUCCUGCCCGGCUGUGAGCCCUGCCACAAGAAGGUGUGCGCCCAUGGCACGUGCCAGGCCAGCGGCCAGUCGGGCUUCACCUGCGAGUGUGAGGAAGGAUGGACGGGGCCGCUCUGUGACCAGAGGACCAAUGACCCCUGUCUUGGAAAUAAAUGCAUGUAUGGCACCUGCCUGCCCAUCAACGCCUUCUCCUACAGCUGUAAGUGCCUGGAGGGCCAUGGGGGUGUCCUCUGUGACGAAGAGGAGGACCUGUUUAACCCCUGCCAGGCCAUCAAGUGCAAGCAUGGGAAUUGCAGGCUCUCAGGCCUGGGGCAGCCCUACUGCGAAUGCAGCAGUGGGUACACUGGGGACAGCUGUGACCGAGAAGUCUCCUGCCAGGGGGAGCGGAUAAGGGAUUAUUACCAAAAGCAGCAGGGCUACGCUGCUUGCCAGACGACCAAGAAGGUGUCCCGGCUGGAGUGCAGAGGCACCUGCUCGGCCGGCCAGUGCUGCGGGCCCCUGAGGAGCAAGCGGCGGAAAUACUCCUUCCAGUGCACCGACGGCUCCUCCUUCGUGGACGACGUGGAGAAGGUGGUUAAGUGCGGCUGCACCAGGUGCCCCUCCUAACGGCCCCCCGGGCGGCUGCUGGCCCCUGCGG